UGGACGCAUCAACCGGCGUCGAAAUUUACAGAAAUCCGCUCCUGCUCUGUGUUUUAAACGACGCUAUGGUCAGCACAAGGAGCGUCCUGUGUCUGCUUGUGAUCGGCCUGUGGCCAAGUGUGGCCGUUGGCCAAGAAACUAAGAAAAACAAAGUAAAUUUCCUGCAACCGGAUCGCACGGUACGAUACACACCGGACGAAUGGAGCAUCUAUCGACCCGGACUGGUGGUGUACUGCCACCACGGACAGGAGGAAACUCCGAUAAACGCCUUCCUGACGGUGACGCUGAAAUUGGACUGCGACCAUGAAGAUUUCAACCAAUAUCCGGGCAACACACCGGCGGAGGUGGAAAAACACUGGCAGGAUGACCAGAGCCUGUUCAGCUUCAAUCUGUUCGCCUCGAAGAAGCGGCGACUGGUGGAGCUGGAUCCGUUCAACCAAAGCUGCCUCGGAAUUGUGUCGUCGGGCAACUACGAGGUGACGCUGCUCCUGAACCGCUUCGAUAUCUGGCGCGUCGGAAUGUUGCUGUUUGGAACGCUCAUCUUCUUCACUGCCCACGCACUGAGCCAGAACUCGCUGUUCUACUACUUCGGUGGUAUCGUGCUCGGUGUGGCAUCGUCCGCGCUGAUCAUCGUGUACUUUUUCAGCAAACUGCUCCCGUAUCGGCCCCUCAUGUACGGCGUGAUGCUCGGCGGAUGGACACUGGGUAUCUGUGGGCUGCAGAUGCUGUACGAGAACAUGCGCGUCAUCUUCGUGGUGUAUCGUCAUUACGUCUUCUGGUAUAUGCUGGUGGUGGGCUCGAUCACCUUCCUCAUCUGUUACCGGAUGGGUCCACCGCGGAAUCCACGCAGCAAACAAGUGAUCCAGUGGGCACUGCAGCUGAUGGCCCUCGCUCUCAUGUUCUUCUCCACCUACCAGCGGACGCUGGCGGCGUGCAUCGUGACGGUGGCCACUACCGGUUACUUCCUCUCCGUACCGAUUGCUGUGGGCCGAUGGUUGCUCAACAAGUACUACCGCCUGUUUCCGGCCAAGCGCCGGCUGCUCACGGUGGAAGAGUUCGAACAGCAGGGCAUUGUCGAGACGGCCAAGGCGCUUGACCAGCUGCGGGAGUACUGCCGCAGUCCGGAUUGCAAACAGUGGAAAACGAUACUGAAGCUACAGGAACCCGUACGCUUCGCGUCCUUCAUCGAGGGAUCCAACCACCUGCUGGACGAGGAAAUCUCCGAGUACGAGGCACGCUCGUCCUGCGAGGAUGUGUCCAUAUCGGAGGAUGAGCUCGAUGAAAGCAUCCCAUCGACGUAGUGCCAUGCCAUCCUGUGCCGUGCCGUGCCGUGGUCCCUUGUACAUUAAUGAAGCAGUGUACCAGCCCAUCCUGUUGUGUCUUGUAAAUAAACCGAGCUCCGUUUUCAAUCGUAGUAAGCGGUUUUACUCAUACGGACGCUUCCUCGUAGCAACGAAAGCCAAGGCAACUAUGACUGAUAAAGGCUGAAGAAUUGAGUCCACCAAGCCUACUCAAACGCACAGUGACUGCUUUCUGUUCUUAAAUAAAUUGUCUUUCCGAAAAACCAA